AACUGAUCAGACAUGGCCACGGAAACCGAAGAAGGUUUGGUAGUGAUGAAGAAGGCGGAGAUUGAUACAAGGGCUCCCUUUCGUUCUGUCAAGGAAGCCGUCAUGUUGUUUGGAGAAAGAGUUUUAGCCGGCGAGGUUUAUGCCAAACAGCUCAAAGAGAUUCGAGCAGGUGAAAUCAGUCAUGGGAAGUCCAAGCUAGGAACAGUUACAGCCGAGCUUGAAGAGACAAAACAGAGCCUUCAAAAAGCAAGAGAAGAAGGUAUGAUGAUGGCCAAUUGCCUUUCUUCUCUUAGAGAAGAGCUAGAGAAAACAAAACGAGAGCUCCAACAAAUGAAGGCAAAGGAAGCCCAGAAACAACCAAUUUACUCAGAGAUGGAAGACAUCAAGUUCGUCGAAAACGCGAUAACAAUUGAAGUUGAGACACCAACAAUACUUAAAGAAGAAGGACCAGAGCUCCAGAAGAGGAGAUAUGUGAAGUUUGCUAGCCCCCCUUCACUGGCUCAAGUUGUGAACCCUGAAGGUGGUGAAGUACUUCAGAGACAAACUUCUUCUUUGAAGAAGAAGAAAAAGCCCAUAAUCCCUUUAAUUGGAGUGAUUUUCUCUAAGAAAAAGGGAACUCAUCAGGAUGGUUCAGGUCCAAAAACCCCUGUUCAUUAAGGCACUGGGGAAAAACAAAAACAAAAA